AUGGGCGCCAAUCUUUCCCUACUAGCGCCUCAUGCCCAUACCGUGGCAUUACGUUCAUAUGUGGAUGUCCUACCAGGCUACAAAUUUCUUGAUGUCAUCAAUGACUCUCGUUUUCUCAAGACAAUCAGAGUAUAUGACACCAACUCUGGAUGUCUUCUUGUGGUGAAGUUGUUCAUUAAGCCACCGCAAGUGGGAAUCACUCUCAACAAAGUUGCAGAGGCACUUUCUCAAGAAUCUAGGCUUCUCGCUCAAUAUCCAAACGUUCUCCCUUGGAAGCGUAUCAUUGAAACAGAUCUGGCUGGAUACUUGGUCCGACAGUUGGGAAGAACAAACAUUUACGAUCGAAUUUCGCUAAGACCGUUUUUGGCACCUAUAGAAAAACUGUGGAUUGUGUUUCAAUUGCUCAAGACUGUUGAAUUGCUCCAUACUCACCUUCAUACCGUUCAUGGAGAUAUCAAGACAGAAAACAUCUUGGUGACCAGCGCCAAUUGGGUGGUUCUUACAGACUUUUCACAGCACACCAAGCCAGUGUUGUUACCGGACGACAAUCCUAGUGAAUUUGUCUUCUAUUUCGAUAGUUCCGAUAGGAGAUCCUGUUACGUUGCCCCAGAGAGGUUCUAUCUGAAGAAGUCGCCUUCCAAAGAGUCGACGGCUCUCACUGACUCAAUGGACUUAUUCUCACUUGGCUGUGUCAUUGCUGAGCUAUACAUGGAUGGAGAACCUACGUUCACACUUUCAGAUUUGUAUCGGUAUAAGAGAAACGACUUCCAACCCAAUCUAGGAGCGAUUUCCGACCUCAACAUGCGUCAGAUGGUGAAGGAUCUUUUAAGUAUCGAUCCCAAUGAAAGGCCGCUGGCUUCACAAUUGCUAGAAAAGUAUAGAGGAUCUUGCUUCCCUGACUAUUUCUACGACUACUUGUAUGAUUUCAUGUACGAGAUGAACAGUACGGAGAACUUCACGGUGCCCGACGAUAAUGUGGACAACUGCUCACCUAGCGACUUGCGCAUAGACCGGAUUUAUGAAACCUUCAGCAAAGCCAGCAGAUCAUUUGGAUACACUUUUGAAAAGCAUAAACAAAGUGAAUUUGGUCCAAAGUUUCCAGCUUUACGUCUCGGCUUGAAAGGCAUCCCUGAAAAUUAUGUUAUUCAAUCUUCUUCUGAAUUAAGAGGAACAUACCCCGAAGACAAUGGUGCACUAAUUGUUCUUGAUCUCAUUUGCACACUUUUAGCUUCAACAAAGAGACCCGAGUCAAGAGUCAAGGCAAUUGAACUUAUUCUAGCAUAUUCCGAACGAAUAAGUGAUUCAGAAAAGUUGGAUAGGCUGCUUCCUUAUCUCUGCAGCUUGAUCGACGAUUUUCUUGAUGAAUCAUCUGCCCAAGUCGAGGAACCAUCCAUUCACAACACCAAUUUUGCAACCGAUUCCAAAUAUUCAACCAGAGUGGCAUCCACCUCGUUGCUAGCAAUAACUUCACUAUUGGCGACAUGUUCUAGUAUCAAUGCAAUUAAUGCUUUGACAUUUCCUGAAUAUUUGAACCCCAGAUUCAAGAACAUCGCUUUCCUCAAUUGUCCUAAUUAUGAUGAAGCUACAUACAUUAAGUCUACAUUAGCAACGUGCCUCCCUUACCUUGCAAGAAUAUCAGAAAAGUUUGCAGCAUUCGCCAGAGCGUAUGAUGACGACACUGGUAAGCAAAUCAACGGGGAUAACGGCGAAUUGGGAUCUUACGAGAUUCCCAGAUCGAGGACAGAAAUUGACUUUAAAGACAUAGCAGAAGCUCUCCUCAUUGAUAGGAGUGUCAAUUUGAGAAUAUGCCUCGUCAAUCAUAUACUUCCACUUUGUCAAUACUUUGGAGUGGAUAGAACCAAUGACAUUAUCUUGCCACACUUGAUAACUUACUUGAAUGAUUCUAAUUACCAACUUCGACUUGCCUUCCUAUCGUCUAUCAUUGAUAUUGGGUAUUUUAUUGGUGCACUCGCAUUUGAACAAUACCUAUUACCGUUAUUGUUUCAAACAUUGGGGGACCAUGAACAAUUCGUUGUUCUAAAGGUGCUUGAGAUAUUCCACUUUUUUGUUAAGGAGAGGCUCAUAAACCCAGCUCAAGAAUUCAAUGUGCUCUCAGUCUAUAAGGAACUAUUGGCCAAUUCCAUCACAUUGCUUUUGCAACCAAAUGAGUGGAUCAGACAGUCUGUACUUUAUCUCAUAUUGGCUAUCAGUGAAAAUCUUCUGUACGCCGAAAGAUUUUGCUUUCUUUACCCUUUGAUCAAAUCAUACUUGUCAUAUGAUAUUUCGACAUUGGAUUGGGACACGAUGUAUCCCUGCUUGUCCAAGCCUUUAUCCAAACAAGUUUAUGAUACCUCAAUAACUUGGCUCAAUAAUGCUACGAACAGGUCAAUGUUUUGGAAGCAAACUAAGUUUUCUGCCGUACUGUCUAACGGAAAACGAAAACUCAUAUCGUUCACUAAGGAUAUGGGAAAGUCAGUUUAUGUUUCUCAAGCUAAUUCUUCCAGUACCAGCGACUCCAAACACCUGGAUAUACCAUUAUCACCGGAAGACAGACAAUGGAUUUUGAAGUUGAAAGCAGUUGGAUUGGAAGAUAAGGAUCUUUGGAAGGUUUUUGCAUUAAAAGAUCACUUUUUGAAUUUGAAAAGAGCUAGUGCUUACGCAAGCUCGAAUGAUCAGAGUGAAUUUGAACUUGCAAGCAAGGUGAACGUGCCUCCUAAGAAUAUCUUUUUUGAAGUUUGCUACAAAUCUGAGCCUAUUGCGAACAGUUCGAAAGUUAUCGAAAGCAGUUAUCAACCCUCAGAAACCUUGUCAUAUUCUGUCUAUUCAGCGAAGGAAUCCAAUUCUCUAGUCUUGCCUCACCAAGGUAAAGCGCGAGCUUCCCUCCAGACAGUGGAAACAAACGUUCUUGGAGAGAUGGAAUUCAACCACGAGAGUCUGAACUCUCGUAACAAACAUCACCACAUCCACCUGACCAACAAGAAGGCAAAUAUGACACAUAAAGUUUUCAGUGUCAAUAAUCAGAAAUUAAUUUCCGCGACCAUGAAGCACAACUUUAACGGUUCUAAUCCUUACAUUUUGAAGUAUUUGCAGAAGAUAGACUUUGAACCAACUAUAAACGACGUUUCCGAAUUUGGCAAUGUCAUUAAGAACUAUCGUGAGUCAAUGCCUCCAGGCGCAAGAGAAUUGAAGAUCCAAGGAAACCUAGUUGCACAGAUCAACGCUAACAGUAACGCCAAUAUUACGGAGGCAUUUACGAAGGUUGCAGUAUGCCCUACAUCAGAAUUCUUUGUCACUGGAUCUGAGUAUGGAAAUUUGAAGUUGUGGGAUACCGCCAAAUUGGAUAAGAACAUCACCGGAAAGAAUGCUAGCGCUGUCGUGAAUUUGAAUCUGUGCAUCACUGACAUCGUUUUCAUGCCACAUCGUUUUGUUUUUGCAGUGUCCAGCAUGGAUGGCAACAUUCGGAUCUUCAGGGUCCAUGUCACCAGAGGCAAAAACAAGAAGAUUUCCAAGUAUUCCAAGAUUGCCCUCAUCAGGUCUUGCAAAGUUGAAGAUGGAUACCCAAGAAGCCUAAGCUUUGUGACAACCAACUCAAAGACAUUGUGCCUCACAAUCACAUCCACUUGCAAGAUUGCUGCUUUUGAUGUGAUAACGAUGAACAAGGAGUUCAGUUUGCAGAAUCCACUCUAUUUAGGAGUUCCAACUACGUUUAUUGUUUCCAAAAGCGUGAGCUGGCUUUUGCUCGGUACUUCAGACGGAAUCUUAUGUCUUUGGGAUCUCAGAUUUCACAUUUUGGUUAAAGCGUGGAGAGUGAUAGUCGAUCAAGUCUCGAAGGCCAAGUCAGCUAUAAGAAAGUUGAUUGUGGUAUCUUCACCAUCAAAGGCGGACCAGAAGGGAACAUCCAACACGCAUUUUGCAAUGAUUGGAGGAAGCAACGAAUCAGACAUCACAGUUUGGGAAAUCCCCAGCUUUGAAUGCAGACAGGUUUUCAUCGCUAAUGAAAGCACCCCAAGAUUGAAACCCUACGCUUUACAGGAAGUGGAAUUGAAUAAAGAAAUGAGCGUGGAAGACAUUUUAGCUGAUCUUACUGUUGAUCAAGACCAAGAUACUAGCAGAAGCAACACUGCGCUUGCUUAUAGCGCUGGUGCUGGAGGUACUAAUCGCGAGAAUGGCUAUUACAUAACAGCUACUCAGGACAGUCGUGUGAUUUUGUGGGAUCUUGAUAAUAUCAGCAAGUCAGUGCUGCUUUUCACGAAUGGUGAAGUGAAUUUUACGAAGAACCAGAUUUCUCUGCGAUUUAGUGUGUCAUACGAAAAAGCAGUUGUGGGAACGAAACAAAAAAGCAACGAAAAUAUCCAGGGUGCGGUUCACGACACCAUUACCGAUUUGGCAAUCGUGAGCCGUCCAUACAAUAUGGUAGUGGCCGUGGAGAGAAAUGGGUCAAUUUUUGUGUUCAAGUGA